CCCCCUAGUCGUGCCAUGCGCAGUAACGCUUGUUGUUGUUGAACUGGUUGUUAUGGCUGGACAAGGCCUCGGACUAAACUGAGAGAGGACCCCCGCACUACCCCGUCUCCGCCACGGGACACCCGCCACCCAUGGAGGGCACGGACAUGGACGUGGACGCGGAGCUCAUGCAGAAGUUCAGCUGCAUGGGCACCACGGACAAGGACGUCCUCAUUUCGGAGUUUCAGAGGCUGCUGGGCUUUCAGCUAAACCCAGCCGGCUGCGCCUUCUUCCUGGACAUGACCAACUGGAACCUGCAGGCUGCUAUUGGUGCAUAUUAUGACUUUGAGAGUCCCAGUGUCAACACGCCAUCCAUGUCCUUUGUUGAAGAUGUGACAAUUGGGGAAGGAGAGUCUGUUCCUCCAGAUACGCCGUUCACAAAGACCUGGAGAAUACAAAACACAGGUGCGGAGUCGUGGCCACCUGGGGUUUGUCUCAAGUACAUUGGUGGGGAUCAGUUUGGGCAUGUAAACACAGUUAUGGUAAAGUCACUAGACCCCCAGGAAAUAUCAGAUGUGAGCGUGCAGAUGCGAAGUCCGUCAGCUCCAGGCAUGUACCAGGGCCAGUGGAGGAUGUGUACAGCUUCUGGAUUAUUCUAUGGAGAUGUAAUCUGGGUGAUUCUUAGUGUAGAAAUUGGAGGUCUCCUCGGCGUGACCCAGCAGCUGUCCUCCUUCGAGACAGAAUUCAACACCCAACCCCAGCGCAAUGUCCAGGGAGACUUCAAUCCUUUUGCCUCGCCACAGAAGAACAAGCACGACGCCACUGAAAACAGCUUCAAAGAUCCUGGUGGGGCCUGGGAACGCACACAAGAGCCAAUCCAGCAAGAUGAAAACGGACUGUCUCAUAAUGCUGUAAAUAGAGCAUCAAAUGGUCUCCAAACCAAUCUUUCUGUGGUGACUUAUGGUCAGGGUAUUCAUGGACCCUAUCCAUUUGGACAAAGCUAGAAUGACAAAGACCCCCCCACCCACCCAACCUGGUGGAUGAUGAGCUUAACACCCCUGGAGUCCUUAAAUGCAGAGGAGUCAGAGGGGGGGAGGAACAGUUGUUUUAUAUUGACUCAUGACAACCCUCUCCCUAACCCUAUGGCCCUCCCCACAGAAACACAAACUACAGCGAGGUGAUGGAUUACAUCCGCUACAGCGAAACAUCCCACCUGACAUCGUCACCCGGAUUCGCAUGUGUGAAUGCUUCAUUUAAGAGUGCUAUAAACCCUUAAAAGAUACACAAGACUGUUUUUAUUUCUAAUUGAAGUGAAUCAGCCCUAAACAAUCUACAAAUGAUUUGGUAUUCUCAUGAGAAAUGGAACACUUUGUGUCUUCGGGGUUCCUACACAGGUCUAGAAAUGGCUGGAAAACUGCUGGGAAUACUACAAAAUUAAUGGUUAUCAUAGAUUAUUUUUAAGCCUUGACAAGUAAAACAAAGACUGAAAAAUUAAGGGAUUAACGUUUUAGGUGGGGGUCUUGUAUCUUGUCUUGUUUUAUCUAGUGUCUUUUAUCUUUUAGUCACCACACCAAACAGUUUUUACUAAAAGUGUAUGGAUUAUUUCCAGUUUUCUGCUAGAUGACAGCCUUACACAGUUUCACACACAAACCUGGUGAAUAAUGUGGGGGAGUUGAACUACCAGUAUGACAACAAGUAUGACCAGUUAUACCAGACUAUUAGUGACAGAUAAAUACUGGAGCAUUACCAUUCACGAAAUACCAUCACUAAACGUGAGAAUUUCUCUAGUUCUUGGAUAAAUCUGGAUGGUAGAGAUGUGAAAGAUACACGUUUUCAACUCGUGAGUGUUCACAUAAUCAGAGAAUUCACAAUGGUUGAAUUUACAGAUUUACUGAGUGUGAGGGUAAAAAUUGGAUUGGGUUUAAUCACCUUGAAUGUCUGACUUUGACUGACAUGAAACGUCCAUAUUUGCGUGGUUUUCAGACAAUUCCGUAUUAUGAGGCACAAAGUCAAAUAGAGCUUUCGGAGAGAGCAGUUUUCCAGUUGCAAUUACAACUUGGAUGUUGACAUGAAUGCUAUUUAGAAGAUGGGAUCUGGGAACACAUUAACUCUGAACUCUCUGAAUUAUGCUUGUGAUCUGUUUCCAAAAAAGAUAAAUUUGCUCAACCUGCAAAAGUAUGUGAUGUGAAAUACUCCAUGUUUCAAGUUAUUUUUGUAAAGGAGAAUAAUUGAAUUUAUGUCUGAAAGGGCUAGAAGAUUCCACCGAUGUGUUUGUGUUAUGUUUGUUACUCAAGUUUCUGUUGUGACCAGAGUUUCAGGCUAAAACCGAGCAGUUUGGCACCCUCCUUGAACCGAUGUUCUAUGCUUAACACAAAGACAAGCAACUAGACUAACAAACAAAAAGAUGAAACAGUUGUCAUUCAACCUAUUAGACCCUUUAAAGCAAACGCACUGUCAAUAACGUAAAAAUUACACUGUCUCAGUGUUUCCCACGAUGCUUCCAUGACACAUUUGAACUUAUGCCACAAAAUAACACUUUUACACUGAAGUAGUAUUAGUGUCCAGACACUAAUCAGAGACAUAUUGACCCCCACAUAUUCAAAUUCAAAGAUGAGGGCAAAUACCCUCCACUUCUGCAAAGAAAAUAUUGCCCCUCCCUGUGUAGGAACCCUGUCUCUCCCAAAGAUAAAACCCAGAGAACCAAGACACUAGUCCGUUCUGCCAUCAAGCCGCACUGUCUGCAGGUUCCCGAUUCAGACUGCAUGGGAUGUGUGUGUGUGUGGUUUUUUUAGGGUGGAUUUUUGCUUUAAAUAGAUACUGAAGCGAAUGGAUGCGAGUGAGUUUGGGCAAGUGAGGUGGGAGGAAGGGUCGAAAAAGCCAUCAAAAUCUAUUUUGCCUGGUGAGUGACUGUAGUUUCUGAGUCCAUGUCUACAGUAUGUGUACUAGAUAAAUGUGUGUGUGUGUGCGCGCGUGCGUGCCUUUAACGUGUGCAUGUGUGUUAUGGUUUCUCUAUGGAUUUAACUGACAUUAAAAUGGUGUAUACUACUUGGGCAAAGGAUGAAGCAUCUAUUCACAUACACAUUCAUAUUGAAAGAGCUUUACUGGGCGUGUACCUCUGAAGUAUUGUUGAGUGAUUCUGCACCGUUUGGAUGAACUUACUCACUAAUUACGCUGUUAUUUAUUUGCUGUCUUUAUAGUGCGCCGCUGCUGAAAAAGUCCCAUUUACAGACAGCAGGUGGUGCUAAAAAAUCAGAUGACCAACUUAAACUCGACCUGACAUCAUGCUGAGUUCAUUGUAAAGAAAAAGUGAGAUGUUGUAGUUUGAUUCUAGUAAGACUGUUUGAAUAUGAAAAUUAAUGGUUUGCAUCAGGAUUAUUAUCACUGAUGUUCUGUUACUGCUAUUUGCACAAUGGUGUCCACCACUUCUGAUGUGGGAAAGUGGUGAUUUGUGGUUUAUUGUGGAUACCAGCAUUUUUCAGAAAGUUCUAUUGGUUUGUUUUGCUUAUCUGCUCCCCUCUGAAGGCCUGUUCACAGCUUAACGGUUUGUUUUCAUAGUGUUAAAGAUAAGGUUUUAAACAUUCUUUUUGUCACUGCACCAAUGUCUGAUCUUUUAAAAUGAAGAUUGAUUCAUGUUUAUCUUGAUCACGCAUGUAAGCUUUGCUUGUCUGCGAAUGAGUUACAGUCUGUCUGCUAUCACACCUGAAUUGUUACUUAGCUUUGCUAUGUUCAUCAUGUCAGACUGUGGAUUUUAUCAUGUAUUUUGGGCUUACAAAUAAAAUGGGAAAAGUUGUUGAUGGAACGGCAUGAUAGUGUUAAAUUUUUCAUUUUCCAUUUGAAAGGAAUUAUUUAAACGUUUUGAUUUUAAUUUUAAUAGUUUUCAUUUAUCAAACGUUCACCUAGUUGUAAUUAUGAACAUCUAAAUGUUAUUCAUAAUAUUUAGAGUUCAUUGAUUCAAUGAUCGCCUGUUUGUAAAAUUAACCAGAAUUAUGUGUUGCAACGCUGCUGUAUUUGUAUUGAGUCAGCUGAGAGUCCACCUCCCAAACAGUAUACACUGUUCUGCAUUGCUUCCUUUAGUGGCGUCAGUCUUUUUUUUCUUUGUGUGUGUGUCUUUGUGUGUGUUGGUGUGUGAGUGAGAGACAGAUGGUGAGAUAUCUGAAUAUUGCUGGAUUCAUUCUCUAGUUUUAGUUUGUGACUAUGUACGGAUUUGAGACGGGUGGUUUGGAGAGUGGAUGAGAUGAAAGUUUACAUAGUCCUAAAAUAGCACAUUUAUUUGAAGAGAAACUGUCAAUAAAAGCUUUUUUCCCUGUAUCUAUAAUUAAGCAUUUGUAUGAUUAAAUUAACACUGAAACAA